AUGUCUUGUCUUUUUCUGAGCCUUUUCACUUUUCGAAGUUUUGUGUUUUAAUGUUGUUUUCUAAAUUUUAUCCUUCGUUUUCUGGGCUCCAUAGUUUUGUUAUCUGCUGUGCAUUGAAGUGAUUGAACCAAUCACCAUUAUGGUGCGAGGGCAUGUGCUAUCGAAAGAUUUGGUACUUGCCGUGGUGCGACGGCACGAAGUGGUGAAAAGCUAUCGGAAAGUGGCUACGGAGUUGGGCAUUGGUGUCGGGUGUGUUGUAAACAUUUUCAAAAACUACGACCGGAUAACAGGCGAACGCCUGACCACCCACGCCCGGGGAAAGAAAAGCAAGGUUACCAAAGAGGAAGAUGAGGCACUAUUCCAGUAUAUCAGGAAACAUCCUGGAAUCUCUUGGCUGGACGCCGUGAAUGCUGUCUUUCCUGACAGCGAAAAACUGCGUUCCAUCUCACGAUCUACUACCUACAUCUUUAUGAAGAAAUAUCAGCAGCGGAAGCGACGAGAGACAAUUGCGAAGAAGAAGGGAAUUCCUGUGGAACAAGUGGGCCAAAAGAAGGUGAAAACUACGAAGAAAGCGCUUCCGCACAUGGUUCGGCCGGAUGGUGUCGUUCAGUCGGUUAUUGGACUGGAGAGUGCUGUAAUUAUACCCGGAAUCCAGGAGCGUUUCAUCUGGCCACAGAUUGUGUUGUUUGGUGAUGAUUAUUUCCAGAACUGUCAGGGUCCUGGCGGGCUUGGAUGCCUUCUGGCUUCGCAGUUGGAACGGCCAUAUGUACGGCGAUUUGACAUUUUGAAUCGGGGCUUUGCGGGUCAUACCACCUAUGCGGUACGGAGCACUCUCUGCCGAUUCCUGCCCAGUUUAUUCUCGCCGGAUAUCGCUGCGGUGGUGGUAAUGUUUGGAACGAAUGAUGCGCAACAGAGCGAUAAAAACGGACCGGUUCCGGUUGAAGAGUACUCCAAGAAUCUUACUGAUUUCGUGGAUCUCUAUCUGAAGCAUGGUGUUCCGGCUAACCGGAUAAUUUUGGUGGCUCCCACUCCGUGUAAUCAGGAAGCACAAGCCGAACAGUGUCGUAAAAACAGGCGAUCCAAUGUCACCCUGUACAAGUACAAGGUGGCGGUGCAGGAUGUGGCGGUCAGUCGCACCACGCAGUUCUUGGAUCUGUACGGGGAAAUCAUGGAGCAUCCCGACUGGAGAACCCUUUUCACGGACGGAGUACAGCUGAACGCCUUUGGAUCCAAACUUUUCAUGGCCAUUCUGUGGCCGAAACUGGAGGCACUGCUGACGCUCCCGACCGAUGUUCCCCGCUUCCGGAAAUCACGGUUGAUCUCAGUGACCUUUUCUGAUUUUUUAUGGUAUUUUGUUUAAUUGCACAUUUAUUUGUUGUGAAUAUACUGUUACGCUAAUGCAGCGAACGUUUGGUGAUUAGUUUAGCCGCAUUUAGUGAGAAAAUAAACUUACAAGUGCGCUCUGCGUUUACGGUUUGGGGCGCGGCUGUUACACAUGAUUAAUUCUGCAAAUGAAUAGCUAAGAAAUGCAAAAGCAAAGUGAUACCUUUAUUUUCGCGCGCCUGGCGGCGAAAAAUUUCCCACUGAAAACCGAGAAGCGAGUUGAAAGCUGAA